ACAGGCAGCCGCUGCCGCAGCAAAGAAGGAGGAGGAAGUCGAAGCGAAGAUGUUGGCGUAUGCAUUGGACGAUCGUCACUUCUCCCUUGUCCGGAAUCUCCACCUCGCCGAUUUGAUCACCGAGUUGAACGGCUUCUGCGGUAUCUUCUCCGUCUUCCAAUCGCUCCGGUAUUGUCUCGGUUCCCCGUCCGACUUCUCCCCUCUCUGGGUCUCUAUGAUCCUCAUGCCCCUCGGCCUCUUCUUUGACUUCAUGGACGGCAAAGUUGCCCGCUGGCGCCGUAAAUCCUCCCUCCUCGGCCAAGAACUCGACUCCCUCGCCGACCUCAUCUCCUUCGGCGUCGCACCCGCCGUAUGCGCCUUCUCGAUCGGUAUGAGGAGUUUCUUGGAUACGAUCGUGUUGAGUUUAUUCGUGUUGUGUGGCUUGACGCGGUUGGCGAGGUUCAACGUUACGGUCUCGAACUUGCCAAAGGACAAGAAGACUGGGAAGAGCAAGUAUUUUGAGGGUACACCUAUUCCGACGACGUUGGCUUUGGUUGGUGUGAUGGCAUGGUGGGUGCAUAAGGGAUUGGUGUUGGAGGAGUUGCCGUAUGGAGCAUAUGCGGAGGGAACGUUGCUUGAGCUGCAUCCGGUCGUUUUGGUGUUUGGCUUGUGGGGAACCAUGAUGGUUAGCAAGUCUUUGAAGAUUCCCAAGCUUUGAGGUCGCUUGGACGGUAUGGCUUUGUAUGAUAGGGAAGCG